AAGCUCCGGCGUAGAGCUCCGCGAGCCGAAGCCCGACAGGGGGGAGGGGGUGCAGCAGCGUCAGGUGGCAGCUCUGCGUCCCCGCGCGCCGCCCAGUCAGUCCCUGCUCAGCGCUCAGCCUCUGCGGAGCCAGAGCACCUCCAACCCCGCAGACUGACAGACGCGUUGGGGCGGGAGACCCCAGCGGCGGGGAGAAGCCGAGAUGUGAUCCCUGCGAUUGCCCACUGCCCUCUCUGGCUCCUGCCUUGCUUCUCCUGCUUCCUUUUCCCUCUCCGCGCGGUCCCUGGACGGCGAGUUUUUGCCUCGAUCUCCAGGGAGAGAGGAGCGGACCCGAGGCGCGCAGCCCGGCCGAAGUUGAUCCAGCUGCGGGGACGGUGGACCGGGGCCAGGGGAGAGAGAGGAAGGCGCAGCGAAGGGGUCUGCGUCUGGCCAAGAGGGACUGGAAGAGAGGCGCUGGAGCUGGCUCUUCCCGCUCCCCCGCCCCGGGGCGCGGGGCAGGGGGAGACAUGGUGAGCCCGCGCCUGGGCGCCGGCGGCCACCGCGGCGGCGGCAGCAGCCUCGGCAGCAGCCUGAGCAUCAGCACCGGCGGGAGCGGGACAGCGACAGCGGGGGCGGCGCAGGCGCACUGUGCCCCGCGGAGGAGCCUGCAGUUCCCGAGCCCCGUGUGCGGCACCGCCACAGUCUGGGCAGCAGCGGCCGGGGGAGCGCUACUACCAUGAACUGCCUGGUCCUCCUCCCCAGAGCUGCUCAUCCGGGUCGGGCUGGAGACACAGUCUGGGGACCCCGCCGCCGCCGCCGCGCCCCCUCUUCUUUCGGCGGCUCCAUCGUCUCCUCUUCCACCUUUUCCUCCUCUUCCUCUACCUUCUCCUCCUCCUCCUCCUGCAUCCCCCCCUCCCCCGCCGCGGAUCCUGGCCGCCGCUCUCCAGACCCAGGAUGCCGGGGGGCAAGAGAGGGCUGGUGGCACCGCAGAACACGUUUUUGGAGAACAUCGUCAGACGCUCCAGCGAAUCAAGUUUCUUACUGGGAAAUGCCCAGAUUGUGGAUUGGCCUGUAGUUUAUAGUAAUGACGGUUUUUGCAAACUCUCUGGGUAUCAUCGAGCUGACGUCAUGCAGAAAAGCAGCACUUGCAGUUUUAUGUACGGGGAAUUGACUGACAAGAAGACCAUUGAGAAAGUCAGGCAGACUUUUGACAACUACGAGUCAAACUGCUUUGAAGUUCUUCUGUACAAGAAAAACAGAACUCCUGUUUGGUUUUAUAUGCAAAUUGCACCAAUAAGAAAUGAACAUGAAAAGGUGGUGUUGUUUCUAUGCACUUUCAAGGAUAUUACAUUGUUCAAACAGCCAAUAGAGGAUGAUUCAACAAAAGGUUGGACCAAAUUUGCUCGAUUGACACGGGCUUUGACAAAUAGCCGAAGUGUUUUGCAGCAGCUCACGCCAAUGAAUAAAACAGAGGUGGUCCACAAGCAUUCAAGAUUAGCUGAAGUUCUUCAGCUGGGAUCAGAUAUCCUUCCUCAGUAUAAGCAAGAAGCGCCAAAGACGCCACCACACAUCAUUUUACACUAUUGUGCUUUUAAAACUACUUGGGAUUGGGUGAUUUUAAUUCUUACCUUCUACACCGCCAUUAUGGUUCCGUACAAUGUUUCCUUCAAAACGAAGCAGAACAACAUAGCCUGGUUGGUGCUGGACAGUGUGGUGGACGUUAUUUUUUUGGUUGAUAUUGUUUUAAAUUUUCACACGACCUUUGUGGGACCUGGUGGAGAGGUCAUUUCUGACCCCAAGCUGAUAAGGAUGAACUACUUAAAAACAUGGUUUGUGAUCGAUCUGUUGUCUUGUUUACCUUAUGACAUCAUCAAUGCCUUUGAAAACGUGGAUGAGGGAAUCAGCAGUCUGUUCAGUUCUUUGAAAGUGGUGCGUCUCUUGCGACUGGGCCGUGUUGCUAGAAAAUUGGACCAUUACCUGGAGUAUGGAGCAGCCGUCCUCGUGCUCCUGGUGUGUGUGUUUGGACUUGUUGCCCACUGGCUGGCCUGCAUAUGGUACAGCAUUGGGGACUACGAGGUCAUUGAUGAAGCCACGAACACCAUCCAAAUAGACAGUUGGCUCUACCAGCUGGCCUUGAGCAUUGGGACUCCAUAUCGAUACAAUAGCAGUGCAGGGAUAUGGGAAGGAGGACCCAGCAAGGACUCACUGUACGUGUCCUCUCUCUACUUUACCAUGACAAGCCUUACAACCAUAGGAUUUGGAAACAUAGCUCCUACCACAGAUGUGGAGAAGAUGUUUUCGGUGGCCAUGAUGAUGGUUGGCUCUCUUCUUUAUGCAACUAUUUUUGGAAAUGUUACCACAAUUUUCCAGCAAAUGUAUGCCAACACCAACCGAUACCAUGAGAUGCUGAAUAAUGUACGGGACUUUCUGAAACUUUAUCAGGUCCCCAAAGGCCUUAGUGAACGAGUCAUGGAUUAUAUUGUCUCAACCUGGUCCAUGUCAAAAGGUAUCGACACAGAGAAGGUUCUCUCCAUCUGCCCGAAGGACAUGAGAGCUGACAUCUGUGUCCACCUAAACCGGAAGGUGUUCAACGAGCACCCAGCCUUUCGGUUGGCCAGCGACGGGUGCCUGCGCGCCUUGGCGGUGGAGUUCCAGACAAUUCACUGCGCGCCCGGGGACCUCAUCUACCACGCCGGGGAGAGCGUGGAUGCCCUCUGCUUUGUGGUCUCAGGAUCCCUGGAGGUCAUCCAGGAUGAUGAGGUGGUGGCUAUUUUAGGGAAAGGUGAUGUAUUUGGAGACAUCUUCUGGAAGGAAACCACCCUUGCUCAUGCGUGUGCCAAUGUCCGGGCGCUGACAUACUGUGAUCUCCACAUCAUCAAGCGAGAAGCCUUGCUCAAAGUCCUGGACUUUUACACGGCUUUUGCAAACUCAUUCUCAAGGAAUCUCACUCUUACUUGCAAUCUAAGGAAACGGAUCAUUUUCCGUAAAAUCAGCGACGUGAAGAAGGAGGAGGAGGAGCGCCUCAGGCAGAAGAAUGAAGUCACGCUCAGCAUCCCCGUGGAUCACCCGGUCAGAAAGCUCUUCCAGAAGUUCAAACAGCAGAAGGAGCUGCGGAACCAGGGCUCCUCGCAGAGCGACCCCGAGCGGAACCAGCUCCAGGUAGAGAGCCGCUCCUUACAGAAUGGGGCCUCCAUCACAGGCACCAGUGUGGUCACGGUGUCACAGAUCACACCCAUCCAGACAUCUCUGGCCUUCGUGAGGACCAGCGAGUCCCUCAAGCAGAACAACCGCGAGGCCAUGGAGCUCAAGCCCAACGGCGGUGCUGACCCCAAAUGCCUCAAAGUCAACAGCCCCGUGAGAAUGAAGAACGGGAAUGGGAAGGGGUGGCUCCGACUCAAGAACAAUAUGGGGGCCCAGGAGGAGAAAAAGGAAGACUGGAAUAAUGUCACCAAAGCCGAGUCUAUGGGGCUAUUGUCAGAGGACCCCAAGGGCAGCGACUCAGAGAACAGCGUGACCAAAAAUCCGCUAAGGAAGACAGAUUCUUGUGACAGUGGGAUUACAAAAAGUGACCUUCGUUUGGAUAAGGCUGGGGAGGUGCGAAGCCCGCUGGAGCACAGCCCCAUUCAGGCUGAGGCCAAACACCCCUUUUAUCCCAUCCCCGAGCAGGCCUUACAGACCACACUGCAAGAAGUCAAACAUGAACUCAAGGAGGACAUCCAGCAGCUGAGCUGUAGAAUGACUGCCCUGGAGAAGCAGGUGGCAGAAAUUUUAAAAAUACUCUCGGAAAAAAGUGUGCCCCAGACCUCUUCUCCGGAAUCCCAAACACCACUCCAAGUACCUCCCCAAAUACCAUGCCAGGAUAUUUUUAGUGUUUCCAGGCCUGAGUCACCUGAAUCUGACAAAGGUGAAAUCCACUUUUAAUAUAUAUUAUACAUAUAUAUUUGUUAAUAUCUCAAAGACAGUAUAUACAUCUAUAUACAGAAUGUGUAUAUACAGUAUAUACAUAUAUAUUUUCACUUGCUUUCAAUAUGAUGAACCCAAUAUGGAUUUUGAUAUGUAAAUAUUGCAUGUCCAGCUGGAUUCUGGCCUGCCAAAGAUGAUUAUUAAAAACAUAGGUAUUGCUUGUACAUUAUGCAGUUGACUGCAUGCACACUUUACUUUUAUUUAUAAUCUCUAUUCUGUAAUUUUUUAAAAAAUAUGAUUUUUGUUAAUCAAGGCAAUGUAAUAUUUGAAGAAUCAGGGUCCCACCUGCCAAUGUUGCCAUGACGAAUUUGAUCUCAGGCUGAGUCGACUGCACUGACAUUUCCUCACUGUUCUGUUGAGUUAAAAUUAUAGAUUAAUGCCAAGGAAGAGUUCAACUUUGCAAGCUGUUAGGACCAUUUCAUGAUCUCUUUCCUUAGGAUAUUUUUCUGUAACUGAGAGUUAGGUUAUUUUCUCCUAAGAGGCAACAUUUUCACCACUUAAAGGACUGUUGUGUUGCCUGAAUCAGAUAGCAUUAUGGAGUAUUGAAAAUUUAUUGCUAUGGGUUUUGUGCAUGAAUUGCAUUUUUGCUCAAUUAUACCUCUUCUUUUUCAACAUUAUAUUUAGAUAGUAAUCAUUAAUAUCUAUGUAAGGAAAUCCCUAUCCCCUCCAUCUUGGAGAACAGCUGCCAUCUUGUAAGCUGAUUUUAUCAAUCCCAUAAACACAAAACUCUUAAUAUAGUGUAUACUAUUAUAGAAACACUGCACUACAGGGUAAAAGGGCCUUUUAACCGUUCCUGUUAGAGACGCUGAUCUUCUGAAGGUGAUGUAUGCUCUAAAGUUAUGUUUCUAAAACUUAUUCAAGGGUGAAGUUAAAAGGCUCUUAACAAAGAAAGAAACAAAAAAUAUUUAAGUAGUUAUAUCAAAAUUUUAACUAUAAUGACUUAAAUAAAAAAGAAUGUAAAACAGACAAGUUUUGUAGCUUAUCUAUCACUUAGGAGGAAUGAAACACAGGGACAGAAUUGCUCACACACAAUUCUUACUGUGUGUAGCAAUAACAUAUGAAAUGUGGUUUAAAAACCCAGAAACAAGAAGUAGGUGUUAAAAUGCUCAACUCAGAUAACUGCUUUUUUAUAAUUUUAUUCUGGUUACAGUUUUCUAAAGCUUUUUUGCACACAGUUCUACUGCUUGACUUCUGCUGUGUUCAUAGGCUCCUGAGGCUCAGGCAGAUCACUUAGGAAAGGGAAGUACUAGAGACUGAAUUCCAGAGUCUUUUGGGUCACAAAUCCUCUUAGAAAGUGCCUAUUAUCAACUAAAAAAAAAGUCACAAAGAGUUGUGUAUAGCUAAUCCUUUAAGUGCUAUGUAUUGGGAAUCAAAUACUCAUUCAUUUCUAAGAACACAGGAGAAUUUAUUUCUUUUGACUAAAUGGUAUUUUGUAAAGUUGGUUAGAGAGACUUACUUUUGAAUUGGUGCAUGCUUGACAUUUAACAGUGGGAGCAGGGCAGUUAAUGUUUGCAUCAGGUUGAAAAUACAUACCAAUUGAAUGUGUACAUCGGACCAUCUGUCCCCAAAAUGAAAGCAAAAUCAAAAGAGAUAUUUUGAUCAAUUGUACCCAUUUUUAUGAGCUUUUCUACCUAUCUCACAGUAUCCAUAACAAAACCACCAGAACCAAAAGUUAUCACAGUUAGACUGGAGAAGUGCAGAACAAAGUAAUUUAUUUAAAAAGUUGAUAUUUAGAAUCUGUAAUAAAACUUCACAUUCCCUCAAGAUGUGCCUGUUUCAUUCAGGGGUCUCAGAACAGAUGUUCUGUGCCAUGGGUUCCAUUUUCCUUCCUUUAUGCUCAUAACUUCCAUGAGCGAUAAUGGAAGUUUUCAGGGGACAAUGUCUCCAUGCUAUGCUACAAUAUCUACCUACUCUAGGCAUGUGAAAAUGAGGUAAUCAUGGUAUGAAACAGGGAUGGGGAAACAUCUGACUCAUGGGCUGUGUAUAAGGCCCACAAAAUCGUUUAGUCUGGUGCGGCCAAAGUAUUAGGGGUAAGUGAAUUGAAUGUUUGACCAAACAUAACAGGCUAAUUUUUAAGUUUAUAAAUUUGCAUGGUCCAUGAAUGAUGUUAUAAAUAUCUAAGUGGCCUUUGGCAGAAAAAAAAAGGUCCCCCACCCCUGCUGUCUUGAAAAUGGGAUUUUGUUGCUUUCAUGGUAAGGAUGGUACCUUUUUCUUGACCUCUGACAUUUAUUGAAUUUCAGGGUACUUUUCUACUUAACUAAAUGUGAGACAUGCUCGGCUAAGCUUUUUAAAGGCAGAUGAGUGGUAAAAAUAAUCUGAGUACAGAAAAUGGUCAGUUUGACUUUAGCCAUGUGCUUCAACAAAAAACAUUUGUAAUAAAGCAGUAAGAGAAUGACUGUGAAACAGCCAGCCAGUGUAAAGCUGCAAUCCAUGCCUUUGCAUAUUAGAGGUGCAUAUACUUGCUGUGUGCUGGCACUGACUCAAAGUUUCUUCAAAUUGACCUAUAAUAUUAUUGUUCACAUGUACCGGAAAAGAAACGUAAGGUGUUUGAACUACUACAAGUGUCACAAAGGGGAGAAAUGUAUCAAUUGCUUAUUUCUGGUACCGUUAUGACUGUAUUAUUUUACAGCCAGCUCUGUUCCAGUUUGCAUGGCAUGACAAGCCGCCGAAUGCACUCUGCUGUGUCAGCAGGGAUGCACUUGUUGAGCAAACAGUGUACAUAGAGUAAUCUUUUAGGUUCCCUCAUUCCUUAGUUCUUACCAGUUGAACUUACUCAGAUUUGAAUGAAGGGUGAGCACCUGCUUGAAUAUGUGCUAUAAUAACACAAUCACGUUCUGUGUUGCCUCAACCAGCAUAGACUGUAGAUUCCCUUUGGGGGGACCAGAUGACUGCAUGUUUUAUUCUUACACUGUAUAGAUGCUCUUGGUGCAUCCACAAUAAAAUUUUUACUAUUAUAUUUCUGAACAAUGCACUAAUAGGAAUACAUAGAAAUGUAUUUAAAAUCUAAACUUUUUCCAAAGCAACUUACACACCUUCAUUAUUUUUCUAUGGUAAUAUAUAAGAUCGGAUGCUAUACCCUGGGCAGGUGGAUGUAACACAAUAGUGAAAGUCAAACAAAGAAGGAAAUGUGAGCUGUGCAUCAUAAUGGCAAGUUUUAUCAGUCUGUUUUAGGAUAUUAUUGCACUAAAUGUGAUCUGGUAGAUAAAGGAGCUUAUGAUAAAAGACAAAUAGGCACACGAAAGGCAGAUGACAAAGUUGAUAGUGUUCCACAUUGACAUAAGUAGAACAGGAUGGUUUUGGCAUAGAUGUUGAAGAGAUAUAAUACUUCAUUGUUAAAAUGGAAAACUUUUAUUAUUGACACUGGUUUCAUCUCACAUUAAAUAUAGAAAACAUAAAUGUCCCAAAAAUUUCAUUAAAAAUUAUGUAGAGCAGAUAAUUAGAAAAUUUGGGGUUUUAAAUUGCUCCUAAGAAAACAAAUGUACUCCUGGAGUACCCAGCACUUUAAUAGGAAUAUGAAUGAUGACCACUAACACAAGUGCCAUUUUGAAAUUUAAUCUUAUUUAAAUUUGCAUUAAAAGCUGUGAUUUUAAUGCAAAUCACAGCUUCCCUUAAACUUAAGAAGAUUUUGUUCACCUGUGAGAUCUGGCCCAUAUGUUGUUCUAUUUUUAAUAAAUUCUUUCAGAAAACAUUUUUUUUAAUUAGUCUUUAGAGUAAUGACUGUUUUAGAAGUGUGCACUGGCUGGUACUGGUGAAAUUAUUUGUCAUUCUUAAUGAAUUGUACUAUCUUGUAUGAUUUUUAUCUUCUAAGCUAUUUUAUCUAUCUCUUUUCCAAAAUUUUAUGUAGCUAUUGAGAACAUUUCUCUAGAAUGUACAUACAUACAUGGACAACUUUAAAAUAAUAAUAUUUUAAUGAUGUGAAUGUUGUGUUUUAAUACUUUGUUAUCUAAGAAUAUUUCUCUUGUGGUCUUGAUGGAAAGGAAUAGAGAAAAGUUCAGUCUUAUGGAAAACAAUUUGUCUGUGGUUCUGAACCUAGAUUUGCCAUAAAUGCAGUGUAUCUUUGGGUAAGAUACUAUUGUUUUUGUUUUUGAUAUGUUCUGGACUUCAAUUUCCCCACCAAUAAAUAAUAAAAUGAAGAGCUGCUCCCUUCUUAUAUCAAAA